AUGAAGGACUCCACGAACCUCGUGUGCUCGUGGACCAGCGACUCCGAUCCUGUGGUGUUUGAGACUUGCGAGGGCCGUCGAUUGAAAGAUGCUGAUAUUUCGACGAUGAAGCUUCUGAUCGAGGAAAUGGAGACGAAUGGAGUCGUCGAUCUGACGUUGAACUCGCAUGAGAUGGAGAGAUGUGAUGAAGGAGGCGACGACGACAAGGCCUUUGUCAUCGAGCCCUCGAGCGAUGCACCGCCUUUGGUCUUCAAGUUCACGAAGAACAAUGGGCAGAACAUCAAGUUCACGAAUGCGGCUUCGUUUUUCGACAACCGGACUUUGACCAGCAGCGAGACACUCCGGAUGGUGUGGAGAGUUUGCUUUAAUGCUGAUGAGCAGGAGAUCUCGCCCAAGAAGCCACUUUAUUUCAUGAAGAAUGUGGUUGAGCUGCAAAAGCAGCAAGUGCUGCGCUUGCUGUAA